GGCGAAGAAGGAGAUUGGCACGUGGGUUAAAAAAAGCAGCAAGCCUUUUAUUUAAAAAUGCCCACAACUUAAGGGCUCCUUGCAGAAGUCACAUGCUCUCUGGUGCCUUUAAAUUUCUGUACACAGAGGAAAAAAUCCACACAAGCUCUUGCUCUUGAAUUGUAGCCAGCCGAGUCGUCUCUUCUUUUCCUUGCAGCACAAAGGAAACUUUUAAUUAUGUCUGACACAGAGGAUGUAGUGGAAGAGUACCACGGACAAGAGGAAGAAGAGGAGUAUGAGGAAGAAGUGAUGGAGGAGGAGGAGGAGGAAGAGGAGGAGGAAGAAGAAGAAGAAGAAGUAAUAGCCAAGGAAGAACCUGCAACAGUUGAUCAGGAAGAAGAUAAUGAGAAAGAAGAAGUUAAGCCAAAGCCAAAGCUCAUCCUACCAAAUAUUUCACCUCCCAAACUUCCAGAUGGUGAGAAAGUGGACUUUGAUGAUUUCCACCGAAAGCGAAUGGAGAAGGACCUGAAUGAACUUCAGUCUUUGAUUGGCCUUCACUUUGAUAAUCGACAAAAAGAGGAAGAUGAACUGGUGGCUCUAAAAUUAAGAAUAGAGCGCCGCCGGGCUGACAGGUCAGAACAACAGCGCGUUCGUGCUGAAAAAGAUAAGGAGCGGCAAUUGAGGCUAGCCGAAGAAAAAAUCCGAAAAGAGGAAGAGGAGGCCAGGCGCCGGGCAGAGGAAGAGGCCAAAAAGAAAAAAGCUUUCUCUAACAUAUCCUUUGGGGGCUACCUGCAGAAAGUGGACAAGAAAACUGGCAAGAAGCAAACUGAACGGGAAAAGAAGACCAAAAUCCUGAAUGAAAGACGCAAGCCUUUGAAUAUUGACCACUUGAACCAAGAAAAACUAGCCGAAAAGGCUAAGGAGCUGUGGCAGUGGAUGUACCAGCUACACACAGAGAAGUUUGAAAUCAUGGAGAAGCUUAAAAAGCAGAAAUACGAAAUUAACGUUUUGAGGAAUCGAGUAAGUGACCACCAGAAAAUGAAACCCAUUAAAGGCAGCCGUGGAGGGAAAGGAAAAGUGGGUGGCCAAUGGAAAUAAAAGACAUUCCAUCACAAGGAGAGGGGCUGCGACUCGGAUGAGUGGCUGGUACUGUGUGACACUGCUGCAUGUGAAAUCACUUGUACUAAUAAAUGGCUUUAUGCUUAACAUAGUCUGCAAUCCUGCAGUCUUUUUUUUUAAUUUAGUAGUUAUUGUCAAUUUACUUUUUUAUUUAGCCAAUAUUUUGCUAUGUCAAUUUACGGAAAUUAAUUACAAUGUUAAAAUCAGGGUGUUGCCUUGCUGUUUUGUACUCUGUUUCAUAUUUGCUUUAAACUGAGAAGAGAUACUUUUGAUCUUAAGGAAAAAGUAACAAUGCGUAAACCUAAAAAAUUAAUAAAAACUACAGCAUAGCAAUGGUAAAA